GCAGGGGAUCUCGGACAUUUAAAAUGCUUGGUUUAUGGGAUCUUUAUAUCGGUGGGGGUGUAUCAUCCAUCAUUGUUUGUUUUAGAUUUAAUCUGGAAAGCCUUCACAUUCCAUUGUCGAACAUUGGCAUGAGAGAGGGAUUUGACGGCUAUAGUGGAAAAGAAUUAGGAUAAACACCAGACAAUCAGCAUGGAAGAUGUGUUUAUGAACGACAUAUGGAGUGAACAUAAUGGCGAUAUUCGAGCCUUUCACUGAUUGCAAGAGCAAAGAUGGACUCACUGGCCACUGCGUCAUGACCGAAGAACUGAUUGAAGGAACAUUUCUUCAUGGUAUAUAGCAGCUAAUUGUUUAGCCUAUUUACUAUGCUACCCAGUAUAGGGAUGACACCAUAUAGUAAAUAGUCGAUAUGAAUUGUGACAGAUUCUGUUCCUGCAGGAACUUAGAUACCUAGAUAGGAUUAUGCAUAUAUCAUAUUAGUUAUAUUAUUGUUACUUCCUUGGUCGUAGGAACAUAUUCAUCCAAUUAGGCAUCUGAAGAUGCCUUGACUUAUAGUGCAGUUCUCCUAAAUUUAGGUGAACAAUCUUGAAAAAUAUUUUACUCUUUCAUUCACAUUCGAGAUGGCAGAUCAUGCUAACAAUCAGUCCAUGUGAUGAUCCAUUAAUCAUUUUGUUGAAAGAGCAUUUUCUAAAUAAACUGUUCUGUAGUUAGAAGAUACAUGUGCCUCAAUACCAUGAUGAAUCAAUUCCACCAGUUUGAUCUGUUCUGAAUCUGAAUGUGUUCGAAAACUACACGUCCUUUCUAUUGUCUUACUUUAAUAACAUCAUGUGUUUGAGAGUCAAAUAUAAAAUACAUUUUAUUCAUGUUUAAGUUAUAUUUUGUACUUCGGUGAGGACCGCUUUUCUCACCUUUUCCUUUCUAAUGUUCGCUUUAAUUUUCAGUGAACUGACCAGAUGCAAGGUACAAUGAACUGAAAGAAGAAGGGCAUUUUCAUCAAAGGAACAUUUAUUGGUUUGUCCGUUGACGGUUGCCUGAAGGAGGACCAAGACGGCGAGUUAAGAUGGGUUGCCUCUAAUUCGCCUGUUGCGAUUGGGGUGCCUCGCCUCCUUGACACCCUCCUUGAGACUCAACAUGAGGCAAGGCGCACAGUCGGCUCACCGCAAGUACACCUACGCCGCCGCCUCCCCAGGGGGCUGCAAGGUGAAGUGGACGGCCGAGGAGAAGCCGCACGGCGGGGCUGGGCUCUCAAGUGGGAGGCGGAGCUCGCCUCCCCCCAACGACGUUAGCUUUGAUCACAAGUGGAAGUGGGAGCCCAAGUCCAAGCCUGGUGCCGCCAACAAGGCCAAGACCAAGCUCGAGAAAGCCAGCGAGGAUGACAAGAAUAAGCCGGCGAUGAAGUGCAUGCACAUCGAGGAGGUCCUCGCCGGCUGCGACGCCGUCCGCAAGGAUGAUGACUAUCUAAUAGUGAUUCCCUAUUCCCACAUUUUCUGUCCUCAUGUUGCAAGCUCUAAAGCUGCCCCUGCAAUUUACCAUCACAAGACAUGUCUGGGCAGCAAGUCUCCUGUGACGGUUACUUUUAAUUCGUCGUUACAAUUGUUUGAUGGUCUGCUUGUUCCAACCUCGAUAUCAUGGUUUGCUUGUUCCAACCUCGAUAUCUGCCUUUAGAUUCCCGUUGUUGUCUUUGUAGUGGAAGGUGC